CCUGUCCUCCAUUGCUCAAAUCUCACAUCUGAAGGUUAAAGUGUGUCUGUCUCAUCACACCGGUACUUGCGUAUCACUCUCCCUGUCCUUGCUCGUAAUUUGUAGAAAUAUUAACGUAAUAUCAUGUCGAUAUUUGGUGAAGUCCCGCAGGCUGCUCCUGUCGCAGUGUUUAAACUGACAGCAGAUUUCCGUGAAGAUCAGAAUCCCAGCAAGGUGAACCUGGGAGUCGGAGCCUACAGGACUGAUGAAUGCCAGCCCUGGGUUCUCCCCGUGGUGAGAAAAGUGGAGAAGAUGAUCGCUGAUGACCAUAGUUUGAACCACGAGUACUUGCCCAUUCUAGGCCUGCCAGAGUUUCGCUCCAGUGCAUCUAAGAUCGCUCUGGGUGAAGACAGUCCUGCCAUCAAGGACAAUCGGGUUGGAGCUGUGCAGUGUUUAGGUGGCACUGGUGCUCUGAAGAUCGGAGCCGAGUUUCUUCGCCGUUGGUACAAUGGAACCGACAACACAAAAACUCCAGUUUAUGUGUCUGCGCCAACAUGGGAGAACCACAAUGCUGUUUUCUCUAACGCUGGAUUUGAGGACAUCCGUCCAUACAAAUAUUGGGAUGCAGGGAAGCGUGGACUCGAUCUGGAAGGUUUUCUGGGUGACCUCGAGAGUGCACCUGAUCACUCCAUCUUUGUGCUGCAUGCCUGCGCUCACAACCCCACCGGCACAGAUCCCACCCAGGACCAGUGGAAGAAGAUCGCUGAUGUCAUGAAGCGAAAGAGUCUGUUUGCCUUCUUUGAUUCGGCCUAUCAGGGUUUCGCCUCAGGAAAUUUAGAUAAGGACGCCUGGGCUGUCCGCUACUUUGUGUCACAGGGUUUUGAAUUGUUCUGUGCCCAGUCGUUCUCAAAGAACUUCGGUCUGUACAAUGAGAGAGUGGGGAACCUGACUGUUGUAGCCAAAGACCAAGACAAUUUGAACCGUGUACUGUCUCAGAUGGAGAAGAUUGCUCGAAUCACCUGGUCCAACCCUCCGUCCCAGGGUGCACGUCUGGUUGCCAUCGUACUCAACACCCCUGAACUCUUCGCUGAAUGGAAGGACAAUGUGAAGACCAUGGCAGACAGGGUCCUGCUCAUGCGUGCUCAGCUGAAGGAGAAACUCAAAGCACUGGGAACUCCAGGAACCUGGGAGCACAUCACUGAACAGAUCGGCAUGUUCAGCUUCACCGGACUCAACCCUAAGCAGGUGGAGUACAUGGUGAAAGAGAAGCACAUUUAUCUGAUGGCGAGUGGGCGCAUCAACAUGUGUGGACUCACCACCAAGAACAUCGACUAUGUGGCCGAGUCCAUUCAUGAGGCUGUCACUACAGUGCAAUAAGCACCUUUACCACACUUCCUGUCUAUGUGUGUGUGUUUGUGUGUGUGGAACAUAGACAUGCAGUGACACACACACACACUGAUGCACCCGUUCACUCUCCAGCUCUCCCGGUUUAAUUUAGUCAUCAGCAUUUCAACAUUCUGUUUUAACUUUUAAUUAUAAAGCAAUGAAACCGUCCCAGAUAUAUAUAUAUAUAUAUAUAUAUAUAUAUAUAUAUUGGUGAAUCUCACAAAAUAUGUCAAGGAAACAUCAACAGUGUACACAUUUCAUCCCACUUUUUUUUCCUUUUGCACAGUUUUUUGCACAAAACAAUGUGUAUAAAUGCAUCAGCUUUUUAAAUCAUAAGGUUCACUUCAUCCUGCUCUUAAGUUUUCAAAAGAGACUAUGUAUAAAAUAUUAUCUGUGGAGUUCAUGCAAAUCUUGUUUCUAUGAAUAAGCAUUCUGUGGUGGGAUUUACAGUCAACCAUUAACAUUGAUUUGAUUAACCUGAAGGUACAGCUUGACUGGUUUUAUGGUAUAUAUCUUUCAUGGUCUUCGGUUAAAUUCAAACAGGUUAGUGUGAAUGAAUCAGAGUUAUAGUCAGCAUUUGAGUUGAAAUGGGUGAAAACUAGCCUUUAUUAAAUUAACUUAUGGAAUUUUAUCACAGUGUGUCUGAAAUUUCAUUGUAUUGAGUGAUGAACUGAAGGACAGUUUGCAUGUUUCAUGAUUGAUGGGGCUGUAUUCUUAAAACAUGCAAACAGAGACAACUUUAGAACUUGAAUGAAUGGGGGCAUUAGAUUUUGAUUUUGUUUCACUGUCUAUUUCUGGUUGCUCUUACCUCAAAUUAAAUGGCUUGAAGAAACAUUUUACCUUGAAAACUUAUUGUGACUUGUUAAAACAAUGGAAGAAGAAACCUGGUAUUGUGGUCUAUGAAAAGGUACAUUUUGGGAUAUUGGAUAUCUGACAGCUGAAGGUGAUUUAAUUAUACAAAAAAAUGUGAUUUGGGGGUUGAAUAUUCUUUUAAGCUUUUCGUGUUUGAUGUUCUGGAAAUUCUGGGUUGUGAAGAGACCAGGCAUUGAUUUGCACUUUAUUUUCUGGUGUCUUUUUUUUAAAUUAUUAUUCUGGUCCAUCACUUUUACUGCUGUGUUUUUGUGUCCAGGCUCAUUUGUGCACUGCAGGAACAUUUAAUGAAUGUUCAGACAUUAGUCCAAGUAUAAUGCUCUCCCACCCAGCUUAGUCUCAAAAGAUCAGUCCUCCAGAAGUAUGAAAACUCUUUGAGCACAAAUAUACUAAUCAAAGUGCAUUGAAAUAAAUGACGUAAACUAG